AUUAUUUACGUCACGCGCUUGUCGGAAGUGACGUUGUUAACAAACGCACUUCCUUUGAUUCCCGCGAACUUGUGGACUGCGGAUUUGUAAAGUUUUGGACAGCAAGUGCAGCCGUCAUCAUCAAACAUUAACCUGUUUGUUAGUCAAAUCUAAGGGCUCGUACCAUGGGUGAUGAAGAUGAGAUUGGUGCUGGUCCCUCAGGUAUCAGUGAGGAAGAUGAUGAUCCAGCACGCAGAAGAGAGAUCAGGAGCAAAUACAGGGAUCUCAUCAAUUCUGUCCAACAAAAUCGGGACGACAUGUUAAACCCUGCUAACAAUAAGCUCACGGAUGUUUUGGAAGAAGCCAACAGACUUUUUGCAAAUGUUAAACAGGCUCGGGAAGCAGCGCUGGACGCACAGCUCCUGGUACUUGCCACUGACUUAGGGAAGGAGAAAGCAAGCCAACUACAUGCAGAAGGCUCUGCUUUUGACCCCAGUGCAUUUGCAGAACAUUUGUUGUCUUUCAUGGGACUGAAUCGCUUGGAGGACGACGAUGAUCCGAAUGGAAAUUUGAAUGGGUAUUUGCCACAAGAUGCCUGGCAGAAACUGGCAAAAAGAUCUCAGUGCUGCUUCAGGACAGCCCCAUCAUUCCACUACAUGCUGGGCUCAUUUUUGGCCGAGCCUCCUCCACCACGCCAGAGGGUGGAAAGACAGAGAAAAGCAGCCAGUAAAGAAGCAAAGCGAAUUAUGCCCACUCAGCUUAAGAAAAUGGAGGAGUCGCACCAAGAAGCAACAGAAAAGGAGGUUGAAAGAAUUCUUGGAUGUCUGCAGGGUUACUUUGCUGAUGACCCUGAGGAUCCAAUUUCGUACUACGAGUUUGUCAUUGACCCGAACUCCUUCUCAAGAACUGUUGAGAACAUCUUUCAUACAUCUUUUCUCAUAAGGGACGGUCUGGCAAGGAUCUACUUAGACAAGGAUGGGCUUCCUUGUAUAGCGCAAGUAGAAGAAGGUGAGAUGGAGCCCGGUGGAGCGACCACCCGUCAUCAGUGUGUAAUCUCCAUCAGUCAGAAAAGCUGGAGGGAAAUGAUUGAAGCCUUUGAAAUUAAGCAGGCUUUAAUUCCGGCUCCAAAAAAUGUGUCGCAGGAAAGUUAAGUAGAGAACAACUGUAAAUGGCCAACAACCACUUCAAAAUUUCAAGAAUCAAAACAUUGUUUAUAACCUCUACAGUUUUUUAAUGUUUAAAAGAUCUUAAGUUUAGAGGUUUUUUGUAUUUUGUAUAGUUUGUAAUAAAAGUGUUUUAUAUAAUA